AUACAAACUGCCAGUUUUAAGAUGAAUAAGUUCUGGGGAUCUAAUGUACAGCAUAGUGAUUAUAGUUAAUAAUACUGUUUUAUAUGCUUGAAAGGUGCUAAGAGAGCAGAUCUUAAACGUUCUUACCACAAAAAAGAAAGGUAAUUAUGUAAUGAGAUGGAGGUGUUAGCUAAUAUUAUUGUAGUAAUCACUUUGCAGUAUAUAUAAUCAAAUCAACAUGUUGUACACCUUAAAUUUACACAAUGUUAUAUGUCAAUUACAUCUCAAUAAAUUGGGAAAAAAAAGACUUCUUUGGGGAAAGUGAAUCUAAGAGGCACUGCACUCCUAGCCAGGAUUCACUGUGAGGGAUGGCAUAUGGUGGAAGACCAAAAAUCUGAUGAUUAAGUGAAAAUUCAGAUCCUCAUAAGUGUGAUUCUCAAUACUCCCUUCUCCUGUCCUGGUCCUAGCAUUAUAACCAAGCCCCAGAGAAACAAUUAUAUGAUUGUUCCUGGAAAAAUUGUAGCUAUCCAGAAGAAAGCUCACAGUGAAGGCCACAAUAGACAAUUCCCGCCAUAGGCUUUUAGUCAGCUUUUAGUUCCUCACUCUUAAAUUAUAAUGGAGAGCCAAGGAUCAUGAAUUGUUUGACAAGAGUCAUCAAUGAGAAAAAAAAGGUCAUAGGAAAAAUAACUCAGAGGGGAUGGAGCUAAUGCAGGGAACAGAAUUUCAAAUUAGUAUAAUAUCCAUGAAGAAAAGAGAAAAGAUAUGCACAAGGAAAGCCAGAUAACCAAAAAUGGCCCUUGGAACUUAAAUAUAGUAACCAAGAUAAAAUGUUCUGAUAUAAAGGUGUGGUGUUUUCCACAUAUGUCCACAACUUCACUAUUUCUUCAAGAAGUAGAGCUUAUUUCCCCUCCCCUUAAGCAUGGGCUGCAUUUAGUGACUUUCUUCUAACAAAAAGAAUAAGGUGGAAGUGAUAGUCACUUCUGAGACUAGGUCAUAAAAAGGCAUUGUGGCUUCCUUACUCUCUUGGAUCACCUGCUCUGCAGUUACCUCCCAUGUGAGAAGACUGCAGCAGCUUAUGGAGAGGCCCAUGUGGUGAGAAACUGAGGUGUCUUGUCAACAGCCAGAGAGGAACUGAGGCCUAUAGCCAUCAGAUGACUGCAGCCCCUGCUGACAUCCUGUUUUCAACCACAUGAGAAACCCUGAGCUAGAACUACCUAGCUAAGUUGCUCCUUGGAUCCCUGAGUCACAGAAACAGUGAGGUAAUAAAUGUUUGUUAAGCCUCUGUUUUAGGAUACUUUGUUACACAGAAUAGAUAAUUAACACAGAAAGUUGGAAGAUAAAGUUGGGGAAUCUGGCAAGGAAUGCAUUUUUAAAAACCCAAAGAAAAUAAAGAGAAUGAUUAGUGAGUUAGAGAAUCAGCUCAGAAGGUUUUUGUUUUAAUUUUUUAAAUUUACUUUUUUGGAGGGGGGGCAGAAUCUUAAGCAGGCUCCAGGCUCAGCACAGAGCCUGAAGUGGGGCUCAAUCCCAUGACCCUGGGAUCAUGACCUGAGCCAAAAUCAUGAGUUAGAUACUCAACCAACUGGGGCACCCAGGUGCCCCUCAGCUCAGAAGAAUUUAUAGUUGACAAAUGGAAGUUCCAAAAAGAGAGAAGAGAGAAAAUAGAGAAUAAAUUAAUAAAAGACAGUUUCCCAGAAGUCAAGGGCACAGGAGCACCUGGGUGGCUCAGUCGGUUAAGCAUCCGACUUGGGCUCAGGUCAUGAUCUCGCGGUUUGUGGGUUCGAGCCCCACGUUGGGCUCUGUGCUGACAGCUCAGAGCCUGGAGCCUGCUUCAGAUUCUGUGUCUCCCCUUCUCUCUGCCCCUCCCCUACUUGUGCUCUGUCUCUCUCUGUUUCUCAAUUAUAAAUAAACAUUAGAAAAAAUUUUUAAUAAAAAAAUUAAAAGAAAUGAAGGGCACAAAUUUCCAGAUUGAAAAGGUUCAUGAAGUAUCUAUUGCAAUGAAUGAAAAAAGACCUACAGCAAAUUCCAUCAUUAUGAAAUUUAUUACUUUACAGUCCUAGAAGUCAGAAGUCUGGGCAGGCUUGACUGGGUCCUCUGCUUAGUUUCACCAGGCCAAAAUUAAGGUGUUGGCUGGGCUGGGGUCUUAUGUGAGGCUCCAAAAAAGAACACACUUUCAGGCUCAUUCAGGUUGUUGGCAGAAUUCAGUUUCUUGUGGUUAUAGGGCUCAGCCUUGCUGACUGUCAGCCAGACCACUCUCAGCUCCUAAAUGCCACCCACAUUCUUUGGCAUGUGGCCCCCUCCAUUUUCAAAACCAGCAAUGAUGUGUCAAAUUCCGCUCGUGCUUCUAAUCUCUGAAUUCCUCUUUUGCUGGUAACUGGAGAAAACACUCUGCUUUUAAAGGGCUUGUAUGAUUACGUUAGGCCCACUCAGAUAAUCUCCCUUUCUCCAUAUAAAGUAACAAUCAUGGAGUGUUAUCCAUCAUAUUCAGAGGUUCCACCCACACUCAAAGGGGAGGGGAUUAUACAAAGGUAAGAUUCAUUGAGGGUCAUUCUGAGAAUUUUGCCUACGGCAAACCUAAAACCGUGACAUAACUAUACUGGAAAAACCAGGGAGGGAAAAGAGAAGCACAGGGUAUAUGGUAUAAGAAAGCUAAAUUCUCAACUAUCAUAACAGGAAAGCAAUAUAUCAUAGCCAAAAAUGGAUAAAUCAAUACAUACCAUAAAAGCAUAUUCUUUAAAAGUAGGAAGGUUAAGUACCAAAGAAACAACUGGAAGAGUUCAAAAUUUGUCUCUGGAGACUGGAGGUGAGAGGGUAGAGUAGGGGAUUCUUAUUGUUCAUUAUAAACUUUUAGCACCAUUACUUUUGUUUUUGUUUUAGUUUUUAAUUUUUAGAGAGAGAGCAUGCACGGGCAGGGGAGAGGGGCAGAGGGAGAGAGAAAGAAUCUUAUGCAGGUUUACACUCAGUGCAGAAUCUGAUGCAGGGCUUGAUCCACGACCCUGGGAUCAUGACCUGAGCUGAAAUCAAGUGUUGGACGCUCAACUGACUGAGCCAGCCAGGUGCCCCAUAAUAUUACUCUGAAAAAGUAUUACAAAGAUAACUUUUAAGUAUUUCUGAUUACACAUGAGGAAGAUAACUAAAAGGUUUGAAGAAUAUCAUAAAAAUCAUAAGAAAAAUAAGUUUGCUUUGCAAAUGGCUGACUCCACUUUAAAAAGACCCAAAUGAGGGGCACCUGAGUGGCUCAGUUGGUUAAGCGUCCAGCUUCGGCCCAGGUCAUGCAUGAUCUCACCGUUCGUGGGUUCGAGCCCUGCAUCAGACUCUCUGCUGACAGCUCAGAGCCUAGAGACUGCUUCAGAUUCUGUGGCUCCCCCUUUCUCUGUUCCUCCCCUGCUCACGCUCUAUCUCUCUCUUUUGUCAAAUAGAAAUAAAGGUUAAAAAAAAAAAAAGAAAAUUAUAGAUGAUGCAUUGCAGGGGCAAAGAAAGGCAUGACAGUCAUCAAUGGACACAAUUUCAAAGAAAUGGAAUUGGCACCAUGUCAAAAAAAUUGGUGAAUCUACAGUUACACAUAUUAAGUGAAACUAAAAUGUAUAAGAGAGAGGCAGAGCAUGAGUGGGGGAGGGGCAAAGAGAGACAGACACACACACACACACACACACCAACUCUGAAGCAGGCUCCAGGCUCUGAUCUGUCAGCUCAGAGUCCAAGGUGGGGCUUGAACUCAUGGACCAUGAGACGACGUCCUAGCUGAAGUUGGAUGCUUAACUGACUGAGCCACCCAGACGACCUGAAGGUUAACAUUAUUUUGACAAUAAACAUGCACUGAAUACCUACUAUGUGCCAGAUGGUGUCCCGUCAGGAUCCAGAGAUAACAUUUAAGAUCACACAGCUAGUUAAAAGAACAGCUGGGAAUUUUAAGGACAUUAUACUAAGUGAAACAAGCCAGUCACAGAAAGACAAACACUGUAUGAUUCCACUUAUAUGAGAUAGCUAAAGCAGUCAAACUCAUAGAAGCACAAUAUUGAAUGGGGGUUGUCAGAGGUGUGAAGAGAGGGAAAUGAGGAGUUGUUCAAUAGGUAUGGAGUUUCAGUUCUGCUAAAUGAAAAAGUUGUAGAGACCAGUUGCAUAACAAUGUGAUUACAGUUGACACUAUGGAACUGCACACUUAAAAAUGGCUGAGGGUUAACAACAACAACAAAAAAGAGCUGGGAUUUGAAUCCAGGCCUGAUGCAAAACUCGUGUUUAGCAAUUAUUAUUAUUGCUGCCUACUUUCAAAUAUUUAUCUUCAGUCAAAGAAUAUUUCCUUUCUCUGAGUUCUGUAUGCCUGGGUAGCAAGGCAUUGAUUACCACCUGCAUUGCCUAGAGCUUAGCAAAUACCAGAACUUUUUCUUGGAAGACUGGUAUACUCAGCCAGGAUAGCAAAUUCAAAAUGGAGUCAUUAAUCCAAGGGAUCAAAUAGAGAACCAAACACAGGUCAGAGAAACAGGCAAGACGGUUCUGGGAGAAAUAAUUUUGGCUGUUUAAAAGAUUAUAUAAUGACUACAUAAUUGAAAAAAUGCUUAUUCUAUUAAAAGACACAAGUCUGUGAUAUCAGAAGUUUGAAAUCAUACAUUUUUUUUAAAUGUUAUAACCUGAAAUAAGUCACUUAAAUCUUCCUGAACCUCAGUUUUUCUGUAGUAAAAUGUCGCUAAUGCUAACUGUAGGUAGUAGAUGGCAGAGAAGGGCCUGAAAUGGAAGGAAAUACUUCUGAGAAUGAAUUAGAAUCAAACUGAGUGAGAACAGCCACGUCUAAAAUGGUGAAACUCAAAAUAUUAUAAAAGACAAAGGAUCUAAAUCUAUACCAAUUUAAUUAAGGCAAAUUGAGUGUUUUAGAAAAGCAAGAAUACAGUUUACUAGAAUGGAAAGAAUUAUGGAAUUAGAUUUGAUUUAAAAACUUACACUUAUAAGCAGUGUAGUGUAGGGCAAACUACUUAAUCUCCCCGAGCCCGUUUCUUUAUUGUAGGGUGUUGUGAGCACUUAUUUGACAAAUAUUUAUUGAUUACUAGGGCCAGGACUGCACUAAGUAAGUGCUAUGGACACAAAGAUGAAGAAGGCAUUGUCCUUGCCCUCAAUUUUAAUAUAAUAAACACUAUGAUAACAUCUAAUCAAUGUUUUCUAUGUUCCUAUGAUCCAGGUACUAUUACAAAGGCUUUUAACUAAUUAUAGCUUCAUUUAAUCCUUCUCACAAUCUGUAGGUACUAUUAUUACCAUUUCCAUUUAUACGAGAGGCACAAAGACGCUAAGUAUCUUGCCCGUGCGUUCAGCUGGAGUAUAUCUCGACGGAGGACAAGGACUUACAAACUUGUGCGUGUGUUAUGUGGAGGUGGAAGCUUUCCACAAUGAAGCAGUUUUAGUUCAUUCGUCCACCAAACGAGGACUGAAGUACUAGUAUCUCUUGGUAGUGAUAUUGGGCCUUUUAAAUGAAGAGUCAAUAGUGCGCCUGGAACAUAGCAAUCACUAAAUUAAAAAAAAAAAAUUUGAGAGGGAGAAAGGGCAGAGGGACAGAGGAUGGAAGUCGGCUCUGUGCUGAGAGCCCCACCCAAGGCUUGAACUCCCGAACUGUGAGAUCAUGCAUGACCUGAGCUGAAGUCCGAAGCUUAACUAACUGAGCCACCCAGGCGCCCCAUAAUCGCUAAAUUCAUUAACACUAUUCAUUUCAUUUCAUUCCGUUAUGUUGAAUCACUGUGGCAAGGGAUAGGAAUUUUUUCAAGGCUUUGGAUAAAUGUUGUAAAGCGGCUUUGUAAAUGGGUAGUUUACACUGUUACCAACAACGUAACAGCUUUCUUAUUGCUUUAUAUUACGAUACAUGAUAGGGUCACUCUCUUUGAUUACUUUCUUCAGUUUUCGACAGUCUCACCUGUUUUCUGUCAAGUUCAGAAUCGGCACCAUUUUUAUACCUCCACCCCCACCACAAACGAAAUUCUCUGAAGAACCACCGAGGGGCGCGUGGGCGGGCGCCUACGCCCGCCACAACACUUACCCCGCCACCUCUUCCACCACGCGAAGGCUAAACCCAGAUCUCGCGGGAGGAGAUGGGGUUUCAAACGAGAACUUCUAACCCCACCCUACCUCCCAGGGGGUCACAUGACUGGCGCCUGCGUUCUAGACUCAAGGUCUUUCCUGGUUGCCUACUGGCUGUUAAUUCGGCUACAGGCUGUCGUGAGGUCCAUUCCGGAAGUAGACCCCUUAUCUAGUCCUUCUUUGCGGAAGCCUGUCACAACCUAGCCGUCCAUCCUCCAGCGGAAGUUCGUCACGUCGCGGUUGCCCCCGCACAGCGGAUGUGUGUCGCCGCUUAGGUGACGCUGGGAAGUGCUGCAGCCUCCGCCGCUGCCUUCUGGUUGAAGCACUAUGGAGGGAGAGAGGAAGAACAACAACAAACGGUGGUAUUUUACUCGAGAACAGCUGGAAAACAGCCCGUCCCGUCGUUUUGGCCUGGACCCAGAUAAAGAACUUUCUUCUCGCCAGCAGGCGGCCAAUCUGCUCCAGGACAUGGGACAACGUCUUAACGUCUCACAAUUGACUAUCAACACUGCUAUAGUAUACAUGCAUCGAUUCUACAUGAUUCAGUCCUUUACACAGUUCCAUCGAAAUUCUGUGGCUCCAGCGGCCUUAUUUCUAGCAGCUAAAGUAGAGGAGCAACCAAAAAAAUUGGAACACGUCAUCAAGGUAGCACAUACUUGUCUCCAUCCACAGGAAUCACUUCCUGAUACUAGGAGUGAGGCUUACCUGCAACAAGUUCAAGAUCUGGUGAUAUUAGAAAGCAUAAUUCUGCAGACUUUAGGAUUUGAACUAACAAUUGAUCAUCCACAUACACAUGUGGUAAAGUGCACUCAACUCGUUCGAGCAAGCAAGGACUUAGCACAGACUUCUUACUUCAUGGCAACCAACAGCCUGCAUUUGACCACAUUUAGCCUGCAGUACACACCUCCUGUGGUGGCCUGUGUCUGCAUUCAUCUGGCUUGCAAGUGGUCCAACUGGGAGAUCCCAGUCUCAACUGAUGGGAAGCACUGGUGGGAGUAUGUUGACGCCACUGUGACCUUGGAACUUUUAGAUGAACUGACACAUGAAUUUCUACAGAUUCUGGAGAAAACUCCCAACAGGCUCAAACGAAUUCGGAAUUGGAGGGCAUGCCAGGCUGCCAAGAAAACAAAAGCAGAUGAUCGAGGAACAGAUGAAAACACUUCGGAGCAGACAAUUCUCAAUAUGAUUUCCCAGAGCUCUUCAGACACAACUAUCGCAGGUUUAAUGAGCAUGUCAACUUCUUCUACCACAAGUUCAGUGCCUUCCCUUCCAGCCACUGAAGAGUCAUCCAGCAACUUAAGCAAUGUGGAGAUGUUGCAGGGCGAACGUUGGCUGUCCUCCCAACCCCCUUUUAAACUGGAACCUGCUCAGGGUCAUCGGACUAGUGAGAAUUUAGCACUUAUAGGAGUUGAUCAUUCUUUGCAACAGGAUGGUUCGAAUACAUUUAUUUCCCAGAAGCAAAAUAGUAAGAGUGUGCCAUCAGCUAAAGUGUCUCUGAAAGAAUACCGUGCAAAGCAUGCAGAAGAGUUGGCUGCCCAAAAGAGGCAAUUAGAGAACAUGGAGGCCAAUGUGAAGUCACAGUAUGCAUAUGCUGCCCAGAAUCUCCUGUCACACCAUGAUAGCCAUUCUUCGGUCAUUCUGAAAAUGCCCGUAGAGGGCUCAGAAAACCCUGAGCGGCCUUUUCUGGAAAAAGCUGACAAAGCAGCUCUCAAGAUGAGAAUCCCAGUGGCAAGUGGAGAUAAAGCUGCCUCUUCAAAACCAGAGGAGAUAAAAAUGCGCAUUAAAGUCCAUGCUGCAGCUGACAAGCACAAUUCUGUAGAGGACAGUGUCACAAAGAGCCGAGAGCACAAAGAAAAGCACAAGACCCACCCAUCUAAUCAUCAUCAUCAUCAUAAUCACCACUCACACAAGCACUCUCACUCACAGCUUCCAGCUGGUACUGGGAACAAACGUCCAGGUGAUCCAAAACAUAGUAGCCAGACAAGCACCUUAGCACACAAACCCUAUAGCUUGUCUAGUUCUUUCUCCUCUUCCAGUUCUACUCGUAAAAGGGGCCCCUCUGAAGAGACUGGAGGAGCAGUGUUUGAUCAUCCAGCCAAGAUUGCCAAGAGUACUAAAUCCUCUUCCAUAAAUUUCCCCUUCCCUCCUCUUCCUACAAUGGCCCAGUUGCCUGGGCAUAGCUCAGACACAAGUGGCCUUCCCUUUACACAGCCUAGCUGUAAAACUCGAGUUCCUCAUAUGAAACUGGACAAAGGGCCCACUGGGGCCAAUGGUCACAACACAACCCAGACAAUAGACUAUCAAGAUACUGUGAAUAUGCUUCACUCCCUUCUCAGUGCCCAAGGUGUGCAGCCCACUCAGCCCCCUGCAUUUGAAUUUGUUCAUUCUUAUGGUGAAUAUCUGAAUCCACGGGGUGGUGGAAUGUCCUCCAGGUCUGGCAAUACAGACAAACCCCGGCUCCCACCUCUGCCAUCAGAACCUCCUCCACCACUUCCACCCCUUCCUAAGUAAAGAAAAAGAAGAGGAGAAAAAAAACUUCCAUAAAAACAACUUUUUUUUUUUUAACUACUGAUUCUGGACUAAGGAAAUUACUUCCCUCAUGAAAUAUGUCACCCUUCUUGGACUAGGGAAUAAAUGAAUAUUGACAUGCAGGUGGGAGGGUGGUAGAGGGGCUUGGUUGUUAUAUCUACUGCCUCAGAAAUUUAACUAUUUUAUUAUAGUUUUUACUGGUAUUAGAGAGGUGAGAAUGUGUUAAGCUGUGAAGGAUUAAGAGUACUUUCUCUGUUCUUGGCCUCUCCACCUCCUAAUUAGAUCGAUUAGAGUUGAUGUCUUCCCUCUUCUUGCCAGGACUGAAAUAUGGAGGGUUGGUUUUAUCAAACAGUUGUGGAUCCUUUUGGUGUUUAAUAUUAUCAGAAGAGAGGAAGUAUUUAAACGUCAAAAUCUUUUAAGAGACUUUUAAAAAUAAUUUAAAGAAAGUAAGUUAUCUGUUUAGUUUUUUUUAUAUCAUUGGGGAGGGGAUAGGGAUUUUGCUGUGUGUAUGAGAUACAUAGCAGUGACUCCUGGGGGGUGGGAUUGGAGGGUGGGGGGUGUGUAGGGGGGAUGGGAGGGUAGGCUUUGGCCUUGAGUUCUGAUAGGCUCCGGCCACUUGAAGUGUUGAGACCUUUAAGUGUGUAUGUAAGUGUGGGUAUGUGUGUUUUUAAGUAUGUGUGUUUAAAAAUCAUGUUUUAUCUUUCCCUCCCUGUCCCUCACCAUUUUCACUUCCCAACAGUCUACUAGAGAGAACACGGUGUGGCCUUUAGAACAUAAAGGAAGGAAGAGGCAUGUGUUUAACAUGGUAUUUUCCCAUUUCUUUAUGUUGUAAUUGACUGGUAGCCUUCUAAAUUCUAGUUUGGGCAAGUGUAGCCAGUGGCCUGACUCUGGACUCCAUUAUAAAAACUUUUACCCCCUUUUUCCUUUUGAUGCAGAACAAAGGUGGGGUUGCGGAAGAAGGAUUGGAGAGCAAGGGUGGCUUCUGCCCUACAGAAUUGGGUGUGUCUUUUUUUCAAGUUGGGCUUUGGGAAAGUGUUCAAGUGAGAGCAGUCUCAGGGUCUCUGAAGGGAAGGGGGAUGUGCUGUAUAUCCUGCCUAUGAAAGCCCAGACCAUAUAUGAGAAUAGUUCUGGGAGAAGCCAUGGAGCUAGAGGAUACUGAAAACAAUGAAAUUGUGAUUGGGUAUUUUUAGGAUAUUGUGUUUUAAAUUACAUUAUGAAUGUAAGACUUGCUUUUUUAUCUGUAUAUCUAAAGGGAAACAGCUGCAUCCUUAAUUUUUGCAAACCUAUAUGACUUCAGAGAUUAGAGCUUGUGAAUUUAACAGUACUGGUGUCAUGAGGGUGAGCAAGCCUAGCCCACAGGUACAGAUCGUUCAUCUUUGGUGGCUUUAGCUUCUAGGCAGAGGUUUUUCAGGUUUCUAAGAAUUUUUUUAAAAAAAUGGAUUAGGAGUCCUAUUCUUAUGGGUGUUUGACUAUCCCAGAUUUCAGGAUAAGUGGUAUUCAGGAUCCUAGCACUCAACACUUUUGCUGAGGAAAAAAAUUUUUCAAGGGGCUAGAAAGCAUUCUAAGCCAAGUUGUGUAACUGAAAAUGCCACCAAGCCACAGAUCAUUUGAUGUGAUAGUCUUUGGUCUUCAUGGUAUUUCUUGCUAUGGAAAAGAUGAUGCAAUUUGAAUUUGUCUUCUUGUUUUUAACGCAGCUUCCUUUACCAAAUAUUCUUUAUAGAGAAAUUGAAUAUUUUUCAUUGGAAGUCAUAGGGAGACAGGAGUUGUACAUGUGCUGCUGCUUGCCAGGAACAGAUUGGGGAGAAAACCGAGGCAAUUGGAAUCGUUGAUGCACUGGCCUAAUGUAGGAAGGAAUUUGUACAGUAAACUUUAAGGUGAAUUAGUGUCCUGUAUCUCUGCAUAUUUGAACUGUCUAGAGUGCCUGCCAUUGCUGUGUAAAAUGAGCUCUCUGCUGAUCUAUAAACCAGUAAUACUUUUGACUUGGAAUGUUACUUCGUUUUUACAGAUGGCAUUUUCCUCUUUCUCCUUGAUAUUUUCUGUGUUGUGCUAUGUAACUGGUAGAUUUAUGAUGUGCUUACUAAAUCUAGGCUAUUUGUUUAGAUUUUGUUUGGUGGAGUCUGCUCUCCUUCCUGACCUUCCCAAAAGUUAUUUAGUUUGGAUUUGUGUCUUGGUGGAAUUGAUCACUGAUUUGAUUAUGAAAAUCCCUUUUACAGUGUUCAGUUUUUCUCAUCAAAUGCCACAUAUUUUCUAAUCAUAUGCACUCCCUUCACCACAGAGGCAUACAUAUCCAUUUGGCCUCCGAGCCGUUCUCCAUGGCAGUCUGUAGUUAGUUCCUUAGACCUUUUGUCAGGAGUAAACUAGAAAAAGUGCUUUUUAGAGCCUGAGGGCUGCUUUCUGCUGUGUAGUCUGGCGUUUGCACUAGUAGAUCAUUGCUGAUAUAGGUCAGUUUAAAGACUUCUAUAUUACUGCCUCCUGAUACUGUUUUAAGAUACCUACAGUGUUUGCUUUUAGAUCUGUCCAUAUGUCAUGAAUGUCCUAUGUGCUCUGCAUGAAGCUGCUGGAUUUGGGUUAGCAGAUGUGCCUGUCAGCUAGCAUGCAUAUUGUUCAAAUUAACAUAGACUUAGGCUUCAAAGGGUAGUGUGGUUUCUAAACUCUGUGUUUUCUCUAUGCUCACACCUUCAAAGGGUGAGAAUGGGAUUUAUACAUCCAAAGUUAGUCUAGUUAAACAUGGGUUUUUUUUCUCCUUUUAACCUAGACUAUGAAAAGGAUAAGUGGUGGUAAGCAGGCCCGGAGCUUCAAGUUCUGUAAAUCUCAUUACUAAAACCUUGCUUGGCUCUCAUGUUGGCAAAAACAAACACCUGUGGAAUGUCCUUAGGGCUUUUAAUCAGAUACCUGUGUUGCUGUUGACUGAACUCUAGUGAAGCAUUAAUUUAAAGCUAAAUUGGUCUUCUGCAAUAUCAGUUAUGCUUUUUGGGUUUAGAAAAUACGUAGGACUUAAUCUAAGUUUCUCACUCAUGAAUCAAUGUGUUUCAAUAUCUGAGACUCUCAGUUUCUUCUUUUUUUUUUUAAACGAUUUUAGUAUUUUGAUUCAAUAUAUCCUUUGUCAUAGUUAUGUAUUAUUGGCUUCACCAGGGUUGAUAGAAAAAAAAAAUUAAAAUCUCCAGUUGGAAACAGCAAUGGAUUAGGGUAUAGAAAUAAAAUCAUGGUAACAUCAGUGCUUGAUUUCCUUAAACUUUUGCUACCUAAUUCCCCGUAUUGAAAAUGUAUACCCCUCAUACUAUGCUUCUGGACAAAGGCAAUUAGAGGGAUCUUAUCCCAGUAUGGUAGGAUUUUGUGUUUCCCACAGAAACACGGGGACUGUGGGAACUUGGGAACAAGUCACUUCUUUAAAAGGAUUAUUCUUUUGUUGGUAAGUUCUUUUGAUACUAAUGGUAGGAAAAGGGAUAUUCUAGAACAUCUUGAAGUUGGAUACAAAUGUUAUUCUCUUGGGUUUAGGAGAAUUUAAGCAGUCUAUGCAACCCCUCACAUGGUGAGAAAUAAGCCCUCCGCAGUCCCACUAAGCUUUCAGUGACUUCAAUACCUCCCCAGAUUUCCCAUGUUGCUGCUUUUUAACACCCAGCUUUUAACUGAGUUUUGCUCCUGAUGGUUUAAGAAAUGUUCAUGCUCUAUCAGAAUAUCAAGUUUUAUUUUGUCGUUUUAUCCCUCUGUGGGUGUGAGUUUGAAACAAGCAUGGUACUGCAAUCCUACCUGAUAGAGUGGCCUGGAGUGAGAAUUAUUUUCUAGGUGGGAGACCCUUCCAUUUUAAUGUUUCUAAAGUUUUUAAUAUGAACUUGGCAUUGGAAAAGGGAGGGAAAGAAAAUGAAUGUUUACUAAAAAGCAGUGUCUGCUCUUCCCCUUUGUGAGUGCAUAUUUAUGGUUGAAUUAAAAGAAGAGAAAGACUUGGGUUUUCCGUUGCCACGUUAAGCGUGGAGAGGGAUGCUUGACAGCAUGCUAAUUGAAGCCAGAGCAAGUAUGUCUCCAUCAGGUUAUCAGGAACUCUUCAGUCGAAUGCUGAGGAACUGAUUAGUGGUUGAUCACAUUGGAAAUCGUUGUAAGAUGGAAGUGCUGUCUGGGUUAAGCACCCAAAGAAAAGAAUGCGGCAGCCUAACUUAGUGUUAACCUAGGUUUCUGGAUUUGAAACUGACCUUUCCUUAUCCUGUUCCACACACCUGAAACUGUCCGUUUUCUUAUCAGACCAAAGAGCAAAGAAGAAAAAAAAAGUAAAAUACUUUACCAAUCUAUGUCACUCAGGUACAAUUUUGUGGUAAUAUUUUUGUCUGUUUUCUUUGUAUUGCUCUUAAGAGUCCUUUCUCAGCAUACUAUUCUGCUGUUGCCUCUGUCCUCCUUGGGGCACCUCAGUUCUGGAUGCUACCCCUGGGAUCUCUACUGUUGUUAUGUGAUUGAUAGGAUGUAAGUGACCAUUACAGUAAGGGCUCUUUGUAAAAAAAUUCAAAACAUUUUUAAAAAAUUUAAAAAAGGAUGUUGUAUACAUUUUAUAGUCUGGCUAUCAGUUUGAUAUCUUGCUGUCAAGUAUGUUUCUCAAUAUGUAUUUAUCCAUCCCAUCAAUAAAUGUUAAUGAUAAAACACUUA